AUGACUCGAGAGCAAACAAAACAAAUUAUGGCAUGUGACAAGACAUCACGCUCCUGCCUUGUCAGCACUCGAAAGCCGCGACUUCUGCUUUUGAAGCUUCCAAGGUUGGGUACGCAGCCAACCCUUCUGUCUCAUACUCCUACAACACUGUCACUGUCAUCGGGGAAGCAGGAGUAUCAGAGUCAAGUCCUCACCUCUGGCCCUCUGCUCGGUGUCAGCAAAGAGCGAGCCAUGUUGACGAAGCAGAGGGGUAUCAGUGAGAGGCGUGAAAGAAUCUUUGCACAACUACAGUGA